AAUAUUUUACUAGCAGAAAAUUAUAACAUUGACACAAAUUUUCAUUGUGCAUUAUGGAUUGAAUUGAAAUUUGAUUAAUAAACUAAGUGUUUUCAUUAAAUUUAUUGUUUAAUGAGAACACUUGGCAUAAUUUGAUGUUAAUAUCAAAUUAUUUUAAAUUCAAAGUUAUGGAACAAAAUAAAACAACUACUGUAUUUUUAAAAACGAUGAGUAGGAGCUUCCAAGUCAUAACUCAUGAUUGUUCUUGCAGCAAGAUGUGCACAGGUUGCUUUAUUACAUGAUGCUUUGCUCAACUGAGCCCAUGUGACCUGUGCCAUAAAGUGAAGAUUUGUUUCUCUGGAUAGCCAAAAGACUAAUAUUUUUUAUAUGCAUUGCAUCUGGAGAAAAAGUAUUUAGGGGCAACUUAGUUUUAGGAGAAAUUUCAGGUCUGUUUAGAGGAUUUUCACAAGAUGUUGGCAAUGGUGCAUGUUUUCUAAAGGAUGUAAUUGAAACAGAUAAUUCUUCCAGGUGCUGAGUUAAAAAUUUACGGGCCAAAUAAUAGCAUUUUUUUAAAAAAAAUAUAUACAAUUUUCAACUGAUAUAAUGGACUUAAAUAUUAUUGUAUCCCAAAAUUCAAAUAAUAUUGAUGAAGAUCUCUUACAAAGAAAUAUAAAGACAGCAGUGACAUGGGGUUAUUCUACUGUUGCUUUGAAUACUAUUGUUGAUUUUAAAAUUAUUAAGAAACCAACAGAAAUUCCUAAACCAAUUCAGUUUGUUGAAGUUAAAAAGGAUAAUGAAUCAGUUAGAGUUUUAACACGUUUAACUGCCAUUGUGUCAACAGAAAUUCAUUGUCAUUAUUUAAUGCAUUCCAAUGUGGUUAAGUUAUAUGAUAUUUUAUCAGUUCAGCCUGAAAAUGAAAAAAUGUUCAAAUAUAUUCUUAACAAUAUGAAUAUUGAUAUAAUAUCUUUAAACUUAGAAAUGUUGCCAUUUUUAAUCAAAAAGAACCAUAUUAAGCAAGCUGCAAACAAAGGAAUGCAUUUUGAAAUUGAAUAUUCACAAUUAUUAAGAAAUCGAUUAUGCAGAGUAUGGACAAUUGCAAAAGGAAGAAAUUUAGUUUCUAAUGGUUGUAAAAAGAAUCUAAUUGUUAGCAGUGGUGCAAAAAAUGCUAUGGAUAUUAGACAGCCUGAAGAAGUUAGUCGUCUCUGUUUGCUUUUUGGUUUGACUAUACAACAAGGAAGAGAUACUGUGUUUACAAACAGUCAAAAAGUUAUUGAGCAUGCUUACAUACGAAGAAAACCUGGAAGUGAAGUUAUUUCUAUAGAAGAUGUAGGAGAAAUUUCUGAAUCUGAAAGAUGGUUGUUAGGAGCUUGUAGUUUCCCAAAACGUUUCAAAAUAAACACUCUCUGAAACAA